AUGACCGAAGAACUUGAUGCAGCUCAAGUUGGAUCUUAUCAGAAGAGACCCCGAGAAGAAGAACUCGAAAACAUGAGCUGGUAUGUCGAAUAUUACCCUGUUGAGCGUGCGCGGACUCGGCGCUGCUGGGUUUGCGAUGACGUCGAUGAGCGGACUGAUCCGAGCUUUCACGUGCUCUGUUGGGAAGAUAUCGACCUCUGGAUUCUUCGCGACCCUGAAGAUGGCAACGGGACAGACAAACCGGCUGUGCAACUACUGCUACGGUGGCAUAAAGGACACAACAAGAAAAUUGUCCCCACGUGGUACUUAUUCGUUGAAGAGAAACACCCCGGGCUUUGCCCGACAUCGCAUAUUCUUGCCAAAGCACUAGCUGAGAAAGUCAUUGCCAAUCAAGGUUAUCAGACUAGUGAAGGUCCUUUCUUCAAUACCAAGCUGAGUCGGAGAGCAGUCAAGAUUCAGUUGAAGAAGGAAUGGAGACAUAAACCAGUAUUCCGGCAGACCAUCAACUCGCUAGGGGAGAAGCCAGAUGAACCACUGACUGCUGCGGUGUUUGACAGCCAUUCUAAUCGGCUAGGGAUUGCAUUGGGGCUGUCCGAAAAAUUAUCACAAUAUUGUUACCGCCGUGGGUACGCCGAGACAGUUGAUUCGAACUACCGCCAGUCAGUCAGAGAUCAGGGAAUGAGGCACAAGCCGAAUAGUACUGUUUACCAAAAUUAUUAUCACAAUGCACGGAUGAACGCCGUUGUCCAAGACGCAUUCCUCAGCAGAGGCACGAAUUCCCCAAUGCUGGCACUCCUCAACCAUAUGGUCCUCAGCAGGGAUGAAAACGCCCCUAAGAUUGUACCUGAAGAUAUGAUGCAGUUUCAGGCAGAAUUGACAGACAAGUACGGUCGUCCAAGCCGAGCGUCAGCAGCAGAGAUGGCAAAAUACAACGGCAAGCAGCAGGAACUCAGAACAGCGCGCCAGAAGCAUCGGGGAAAGGUGCUUAAGGUGAUCCGGAGAGGCUACUUCGAGAAGAAACACGACGAGGAGUUGCAGAACCAGCUACGAGAUCUGCCUCCUUCUGCGAUGCUGUCAACAUCAUACUUCCAGUGUUUUCGCUUCCUGCUUGGCACCAGGUCGUACGCUAUGCGAAUGCAGGGAGCACAUGCUGGGGCAUUAGAUGUAAUGAAAGCUGGCGUCCCCGUUGCGGCAAGUAAGAGUAAGAGUGAUGCUGCUGUUGCUGUUGCUGUUGUGGCGGCGGCGGCGGAUUCCGCGCCUGUUGAGAAUAGACCGUGGUCUCGGAUUUUGUCGUGA